CUAAACAAAGGUAUGUAUAUAGGUGUGCAUAAAGCACAGUAAUGGUUCCUCGUGUCGAAAUACAUGAGCACGAAAAGGUAGGUACAAACAUGGCUACUGAUUCUUGAUAUACACAUAAACAUAAACAAUCAAUCACGUUCCAAUUUUUUGAUCUCUGAAUCUGAGCCACAGAGGCAGUGCUUUAACCUUUAAAGUUGCCCCCUUUUACCCCCCUCUACUCCUUAAUUUCCAUUUAUAAGAUCUAGCUAGGGUUAGGGUUAUCCUUUGUCCACUAAUAACAACCGACAUAUAUGUCUGUUAUUGUUUUCAAGGCUCUGCCCUAAUCUAGAAAGAGAACAAGUUAAUUCAACUUGUUGGGGCAAUCAAGCAUGAAAAAGCGGCAAGUAGUGAUGGUGAGAAGAGAUGCUUCUGCUUCGGAUAAUAACAACAAUAAUAAUAAUAAUGUUGUUAAGUACGGAGAGUGUUUGAAGAAUCAUGCUGCCAAUAGCGGUGGAUAUGCCGUGGAUGGUUGCAGAGAGUUCAUGGCCAGCGCCGCCGAGGGAACCACCGGGGCUCUUACCUGCGCCGCUUGUGGCUGCCAUAGAAACUUCCAUAGAAGAAAGGAACUAGCUGCACCAUCCAGACAAAAUAUAUGGGAGACAUAGGCAAUCACUUAGUCACUAUAGAAGCUUGGGAUUGGUAUAUAUUGUAGGGACCGUGAAGAAUGCGUGGGAAGAUAGAAAGGAUGAUUAAAUCAACAAGAACAAUGCAUGUGAGCCCAUAAUUAAGUAUAAGAACAUGGUUGGCGAUAUAUGGCUGGCUUUCAAAUAUAUAAUUGUAUGUCUAUGCUUUUAUUUGUCUCGGAUAGGGUUUGAUAGGAGUGCAUGUCUUUCUUUUGCCUCCUUCCCCUACCUAGCUAACUCAUCAUAAUUAUAUUUUUAAUGCAAUAUCCCUUCUAAAUUAAUUAAUAAUGCAAUCUGACGACGAAUAUUCUCAUGCCAAUGAAUCUCAUGAAAAGCAUACAAAUCCCCUAUCUGGAUUUUAUUUGCUUUAUAGUCUAUACCAUAUAUAUAUAUAUAUAUAUGCUUCUAUCUCCACUAUAUUGUGUCUCUUAUAUAUGUAUAUAUUUCCAUAAUAGAAGAAACAAUAAUGACAACCACAAGCUAAGUGAUUAUUGAGUCAAGUGGUACCCUUUUUUUAUAUUGUUUAUAUCAAGAUAAAUGACAGCUCCCCGGCCUCCAUAUGAAAUUGAUUAUUGUAUCAAUUUGAUUUCAUAUA